CUAGUAACCAUCACCCUCUGCCUUCUUCCUGUGGUGUAGCUGUGGAGCCAGGCUAGUAACCAUCACCCUCUGUCUUCUUCCUGUGGUGUAGCUGUGGAGCCAGGCUAGUAACCUUGGACACAGUUCAAUGUCAGACAGAUGUUGCAGGAGCUUUAUGUGAUCUACUCGAUCAAAGGCUUUGGACAUAUCAGCAAGUAACACCCUCACCUUGUUGGUAUUUUGGAGUCUGUAGCUGUCAGCCAGGAGUGUGUGUCUUUCAAAAGAGUGGUAGUAGUGCUGGACUUUGGUAGGCAGGCAUACUGAUUUGUGCACUCAGAUAAAACUGUUGGCAUGAGUUUUCUUUUAAUGAAGUUCUCCUGGAUUUGUCCAAGGCAUGACGUUAGAGAGAUGGGCCUCCAGUCACUCGUUGUACAUGGGUUUGACACUUUAGGUAUAGGACAUCCUGAUCACAUCGACAGUGUUGAUGAGAUAAUCCACAGUGUUCUACCGAAGUGUUUUCUCAUUUGCCCGUAGUGGAUGGUAGAGUAUUCUCACAAACAGAGUUGAAACUGAGUUUGGGAGUCGUUUAGGACGGAGCCGAAGCCACAUACACUCAAAUUCCUCUUUCUCUAGGUCAGUUCUUCUCUUUGCUUGCAUACUGUGAUUCACAUGCAUAGCCACAUCCCCUCUCUGGACCUGUCAUUUCUGAACAGCUGAUAGUUAUAUGUGAAAAGAGAUUCGUCUGGGAUAUUUUCGUGGCCCAAGUUUAAGUGACGCAUUCAAUGUUUGCAUUUACAGAUUGAAGAAGCAGUUCAAAUUCAUCCACUUUGUUUAUCAAUGAUUUUGAAUUACAAACAAGCACAUUCGGGGUCUCUGGGGCAUUCUGGGACGUAUUUGUGACGUCACAUAAUUCACUUUAGAAUUCUGCAUUCACGUGAGUGAUUGUGUUUUUGAUGUGUUUUAGGUCUGUUAACUUCUAUUGUCAGUAUUUUCCUCCCGAAGCACUAAAGUUUGUCUCGGAUAUGCGGUGCCAGUGGAGGUGCAUGUUUUUUGUAAAUCCGUAGAAAAUGUGAUGAGUAUUCCACAACGUUUGUAAUCCGUUAAAAGAGCAAGGAACAGUAUGCAGUGCGACCAAAAUAAUGAAAAAACAACACAAACAUUGUAAUACAUGUUACUCUCGAGUGGCUGCCUGGAAGCGCCACAGCAUCAGUUCAAAACAAAAUUGUCACACUGCUACCUUAGAGUGCAUGCAACGCAAUGGACUUCUGCAACGCUAGCUGGCUACUCCAUAGUCCACGCUACGGUAAGAGCUGGCCAUGUUGCACUGUCAGACAGGACAGAACUCAAAUUGUAGCUGAGACAACAAAUAAAAUCUGAUUUUAUUGGUCCAUACACAUACUUAGCAGAUCUUAUUGCAGGUGUAGCGAAAUGCUUGUGUUCCUAGUUCCAACAGUGCAGUAAUAUCUAACAAUUCACAACAAUAACGUUACACAUCUAAAAUAAUGGAAUUAAGAAAAAUAUAAAUAUUAGGAAGAGCAAUAUCGGAGUCCACAGUAUAAAUACAGUACAUUCAUAAGUAUGUGGCCACCCCUUCAAAUUAUUGGAUUUGGCUAUUUCAGCCACACCCGUUGCUGACAGGUGUAUAAAAUUGAGCACACAGCCAUGCAACCUCCAUAGACACACAUUGGCAGUAGAAUGGCCUUACUGAAGAGAUCAGUGACUUUCAACAUGGUACCAUCAUAAGAUGCCACCUUUCCAACAAGUCAGUUUGUCAAAUUUCUGCCCUGCUAGAGCUUCCCUGGUCAACUGUAAUUGCUGUUAUUGUGAAGUAGAAAUGUCUAGGAGCAACAACGGCUCAAUCGAGAAGUGGUAGGCCACACAAGAUCACAGAACGGGACCACCGAGUACUGAAGCGUGCAGCGCAUAACAAUCGUCUGUCCUCAGUUGCAACACUCCCAACCUAGUUCCAAACUGCCUCUGGAUGCAACGUCAGCACAAUAACUGUUCGUCGGGAGUUUCAUGAAAUGGGUUUCAAUAGCUGAGCAGCCGCACACAAGCAUAAGGUCACUAUGCGCAAUGCCAAGUGUCGGCUGGAGUGGUGUAAGGCUCACCGCCGAACGACAAAUCUGGGUUUGAAGGAUGCCAGGAAAAGCUACCUGCCCCAAUGCAUAGUGCCAACUGUAAAGUUUGGUGGAGGAGGAAUAAUUGUCUGGGGCUGUUUGUCAUGUUUCCUUAGUUCCAUUUAAGGGAAUUCUUAAUGCUACAGCAUGCAAUUACAUUUUAGAUGAUUCUGUGCUUCCAACUUUGUGGUAAGUUUGGGGAAUGCCCUUUCCUGUUUCAGCAUGACAAUGCCCCCGUGCACAAAGCGAGGUCCAUACAGAAAUAGUUUGUUGAGAUUGGUGUGGAAGAACUUGACUGGCCUGCACAGAGCCCUGACCUCAACCCCAUCGAACACCUUUGAGAUGAAUUGGAACGCAGACCGCAAGCCAGGCCUAAUUGCCCAACAUCAGUGCCCAACCUCACUAAUGCUCUUGUGGCUGAAUUGAAGCAAGUCCCCGCAGCAAUGUUCCAACAUCUGGUGGAAAGACUUCCCGGAAGUGGAGGCUGUUAUAGCAGCAAACGGGGGACCAACUCCAUAUUAAUGCCCAUGAUUUUGGAAUGAGAUGUUCAACGAGCACGUGUCCACAUACUUUUGGGCAUGUAGUGUAUGUGAUGGGAUUCUCGUGGAAAUUCAACACAGGGACACUCGAAGUCAAUCUUAAAUGAAUUAAGGUUUUUUAUCAGCAUGCUGGAGAGGUCAAAGUCAAACUUAGAAGUAUAAAGUACCGUUCUGAAGGUAGCUCCCUCGGGGCAGUCCCGUUAGAUUUCUUAUAUACUGGUUACUGAUAGGUUACAUAGUCAUCGUUCAUAGGGUUGGUUCCGGCAUGUGUCUGGCACCGUCUCCUAUCUUAACUUAUAGACCAUAUUCUGGGCGUUCUGCCAGAUGGUCCUAAGGAGGGGGUCAUACCAAGUCUGUGCUGAUCAACAGUGCCAAACUAACAACUCUGCCAUUAGACAUGCUUGAUUGUAUUUACAGCUCUGAUCUGGAUGGUAGACUAGCCCAUGUGUUGGAUAUUUGUCAACGGCCAUUCCAGUGGUGUGGUGCUUGGGGUGGGGGAGGGGCUAAAGCCCCCCAAACCCUGAUUAUAUAAAUGUAUAGGAUGCAUAACUCUGCAAUGCUUUAGGCUAGAACAAGCUGUAAAAGGCACCAGAAAGACGUGGAAGGUAAAACCAAAAAAUGUACGGAUUUGGCUCCAAAUACUACAUCAUAAUGUAGUUCAGGUGUUUUAGUUAUUCCUCACUUGUUAUUAUGACAAAUAACGAUUUUGCAGGUGUUGGCAUUUUGGAAAGGAAAGGGGACAUUCGGCCCGUAUCUUGAAAGAGAGGGUGGAGCUCUUCAUUCCUGCAUCUGUUAAGCUCUCAUCCUAACACGUAUGAACUCAGAACUAAAUCGUGCGGCUGACCAAUUACGUGAGACAUUAGUUCUGGGUUAACCAAGAUUGGCUCAGGGGUGAAGGAUGUGUUCAACUCCAAUGAAUACUCAAUCAAAGGUUCUGAACAUAAGACGGGGCAUUACAAGUGUUAUACGUUUUUACAUUAGUAAAAAAAUAUACCACUUCCAUUUGAAAAAUGUCCUAAAGUGAUUUGAACUGUACAUUUGUGGAAAGUAAUGAACGAUUACACACUUCAGGAGAAAGGAGGUAUUAUAAGGAUGCACCAAUCAAUCAGAGAUUUAGACUAAAGUAAUCAAAUGUUUGGUCUAAUGAUAUUCUAUGUACAAUACUUCCUGUGGUCACCAGGACAGAGCCAGCCCGUCCCCCUCCACUCUGCCGGAGUCCCCUGCUUACAACUCUCCUGGUAGCACCUUACUGCUGGGUCUGGAGAGAGUGUCUGUGGGGCUGGUCGACUGCAGGAAAACAGCAGGGCAGAGUGGAACUGUGAGAGGGGGACACGAGGAGGGAGAUUUGAUUUCAUCAAGGGACACCCCUAACCAUUCUCUCAGUUGGAGGGGCUUGUCAUCUGGGGAUCCUCAACCACAUGUUGCUGACGAGACAGAGAAGAAUCUUUCCAGAUCAGAACAUCUCAAGAAACACCAGCAGAGACGUACAGGGAAGAAACCUCACCACUGCUGUUCUGACUGGGGGAAGAGUUUCACAAGCCGGAGUGACUUCAUUAUUCACCAGCGGAUUCAUACCGGAGAGAAACCGUACUGCUGCUCACAGUGUGGGAAGAGUUUCGCUGUUUCUAACACUUUAAAAUCUCAUCUGAGAAUUCAUACAGGAGAGAAACCUUACCCCUGCCUUGAUUGUGGGAAAAGCUUUUCAUAUUUGGGAGCCCUUAACAUACACAAGCUAACACACACAGGAGAGCAAUCUUAUAGCUGUGAUCAGUGUGGGAAGGGCGUCAGUCAAUCACAGCCCCAAAAUUCACACCAGCGAACACACACUGGAGAGAAACCUUAUAGCUGUGAUCAGUGUGGGAAGAACUUUGCUCUAGCUUCCUCCCUGACUAGACACCAUCGAACACACACUGGAGAGAGACCUUAUGUCUGUCUAUGUGGGAAGAGCUUUGCUAUAGCUUCCUCCCUGACUAGACACCAUCGAACACACACUAGAGAGAAACCUUUUACUUGUGUUAAGUGUGGGAAGAGCUUCAGCCAAUCAGGGACCCUAAAUUCACACCAGCGAACACACACUGGAGAGAAGCCUUAUAGAUGUAUUCAGUGUGGCAAGAGCUUUGCUCAAUCAGUCCACCUGAAUAUACACCAGAGAAAACACACAGGAGAGAAACCUUUUAGCUGUGAUCAGUGUGGGAAGAGCUUUGUGGUGUCAGAAAAACUUACUAUACACCAGCGCAUACACACAGGAGAGAAGCCUUAUAGCUGUGGUCAGUGUGGGAAGAGCUUCUGUCAAUCAGGGACCCUGAAUUCACACCAGCGAACACACACUGGAGUGAAACCCUAUGUUUGUCUAUGUGGGAAGAGCUUUGCUUAUUUAGGGCAAAUGAAAAAACACCAGAAAACAAAAACGUGCUGUAUUUCCUCUCCCUGCUAUCUGUCACCGGUUCCAGAUCCCUGAAUAAAGGAUCAGUAUAAAACAUCUAGUGAACAGUCAUAUCCAUCUCCUAUUGUCAAACAAUUGAUUUAGUCUGAUCACCAUGGUAACCUCUGUGGAGCAUAAUAUGCAGCUCUGAUCUAGCAUCAGGUCUCCCAUGUGCCUAUGUAAUAUCACACAUUGAUCUAAAUGGACAAAUGUUAUAGAAAAUGUCAUAGUGAACCUGUGUGACUGUGUGAGGGGGGAUGUUGAUAAUUGUAUCUUUCAUACAGUGCCUUGCAAAAGUAUUCACCCCCCUUGGCGUUUUUCCUAUUUUGUUGCAUUACAACCUGUAAUUUAAAUAGUUUUUUAUUUGGGUUUCAUAUAAUGGGCAUACACAAAAUAGUCCAAAUUGGUGAAGUGAAAUGAAAAAAAAUAACUUGUUUCAAAAAAUAUAUUUAAAAAAUAAAUAUAGUGGUGCAUGCAUAUGUAUUCACCCCCUUUGCUAUGAAGCCCCUAAAUAAGAUCUGGUGCAACUAAUUACCUUCAGAAGUCACAUA